UGGUGACAGUGCGGGUCACGUGAGUCGCUCGCCGCCUCAUAACACACUGUUGGGGGACGGUGUCGCGUGACAGAGACCGGCACUCGCGCUGCUUCCUCCGCUCCAGCGCCGGAGGCCGACCGCUACGUCCGCACAGCUCUGCCGGCACAGGAGCCGCGGUCAUGGGUCUGCUGUCUCACGGCUCCCCACUCAGCUGGGAAGAGACGAAGAAGUACGCGGACCACGUCCGGCAGCACGGCAUCCUCCAGUUCCUGCACAUCUACAACAAGGUGAAGGAGCGCCAGAAGGACGUGCUGAAGUGGGGCGACGAGGUGGAGUACAUAUUGAUUGCCUUCGAUCAUGAAAAUCAAAAAGUGCGUUUAGUGCUUAAAGGAGAAGAAAUGCUUGAUACGCUUCAAGACAGAGGUGAAAAAAUAAACCCUAACCAUCCAACACUUUGGAGACCAGAGUAUGGUAGUUAUAUGAUUGAAGGUACACCUGGACAGCCUUAUGGUGGAACAAUGGCAGAGUUUAACACUGUGGAAGACAAUAUGAAGAAAAGGCGUCUGGAAGCUUCAUCAUUGCUUGCAGAAAAUCAUUCAAUUUGCACUAUAACAUCCUUUCCAAGAUUGGGAUGUCCUGGAUUCACGUUGCCAGAGUUUCCACCAACUCCAGUGGAGCAAGGAGCCUCCAAGUCCCUCUUUUUUCCAGAUGAAGCAAUUAACAAACAUCCCCGGUUUAGUACUUUGACCAGAAAUAUUAGGCACAGACGUGGUGAAAAAGUUGAUAUUAAUGUUCCAAUUUUUAAAGAUCAAAAUACACCCUCUCCAUUUAUUGAAAGAUUUGUGAAUGAUAGUGGUAAUGAAGCCAAGGCAUUGAAGCCUGAUCAUAUUUACAUGGAUGCCAUGGGAUUUGGCAUGGGCAACUGCUGUCUUCAGGUCACUUUCCAGGCUUGCAGCAUUUCAGAAGCCAGGUAUCUAUAUGACCAGCUAGCUACGAUAUGUCCAAUUGUGAUGGCUUUGAGUGCUGCUGCCCCUUUCUACAGGGGAUAUGUGUCUGACAUUGAUUGCCGGUGGGGAGUAAUUUCUGCCUCUGUAGAUGAUCGAACUAAAGAAGAAAGAGGUCUGCAGCCUCUGAAGAAUGACAAGUACCGAAUCAGUAAAUCUCGGUAUGAUUCUAUAGAUAGUUAUCUAUCUACGUGUGGUGAAAAGUACAAUGAUAUUGAUUUGACUAUAGACAAAGAGAUCUAUAACCAGCUAACGAGAGAGGGAAUUGACCAUCUCUUGGCUCAGCACAUUGCCCAUCUCUUUAUCAGAGAUCCUUUGACAUUGUUUGAAGAGAAAAUACAUUUGGAUGAUACCAAUGAAUCUGACCAUUUUGAGAAUAUUCAAUCAACAAAUUGGCAAACCAUGAGGUUUAAGCCUCCUCCACCCAAUUCUGAUAUAGGGUGGAGAGUAGAAUUUCGACCUAUGGAGGUCCAGUUAACAGACUUUGAAAACUCCGCCUAUGUAGUGUUUGUUGUGUUACUGACCAGAGUAAUUCUUUCUUACAAGCUGGAUUUUCUCAUUCCUUUGUCAAAGGUUGAUGAAAACAUGAAAGUUGCCCAGAAACGAGAUGCUGUGCGUCAGGGAUUGUUUUAUUUCAGAAAGGAUAUUUCUAAAGCUGGCAUUGCUGGAUGUUGUACUGCUCUUAAUGGUACAGAAUCUGAAACUGAAGAGUACACCCUCAUGAGCAUUGAUACAAUAAUCAAUGGAAAGGAGGGUAUUUUUCCAGGUUUACUUCCAAUACUUAAUUCAUACCUUGAAAACAUGGAGGUAGAUGUGGACACUCGCUGCACCAUUUUAAACUACCUUAAAUUAAUCAAGAAAAGAGCUUCUGGAGAACUGAUGACAGCUGCUCGAUGGAUGAGGGAAUUUGUUUCAAACCAUCCAGACUACAAGCAAGACAGUGUGAUCACAGACAAAAUUAAUUAUGACCUCAUGGUAAAAUGCAACCAAAUAGCGAAUGAAAAGGUUAACUGUCCGGAGUUGCUUGGCUUUACCACUACUAAAGUAAAGCAAAGCGGGUUCAAACCUGUCUCUGGUGGGCUACACAGCUAGUCCUAUAAAGUGUAGUGUUGGUUGAACUGCUUUUUGUUGGAAAGAUGACCAAACGGAUGCGGCACAAGAAUAUGGGCCAAUAUGCUUUUUAUGCAGUGGUAGCUUACUAAUUAACAUUUAUACAAUGUAUAUGUAAAUAGUAAAAUAUUUUUAUGACUAACAAUGUAUUCCAAUAACAUUGUAUCAAGUAACUGUGAAAUUAACUUUUUUUAUAUAUACUCUGGGAAAACCAUUAAUGUGCAGUUCUUUCAGUAUGGUACCAGUAGUUGUUGAAGCUUUUUACCCCUUAAUAAAAAUGUUUUAUUUUUAUUUAAGUUCAAGAUUGCUAGUAUGUAUGUCCUAAUCAUUGUAUUGGCAACCAAUGCAUCAAUAAAGAAUAUACUUGAGCUCUAUUACUAGAGCACGCACAAAAAAUGCAUUUGCCAGCUUCCUAGUUUGGCACAAAUCUGUUCUUUAAUCAAGGCCCAAACUGAAUAAUCUGUCAGCUGGAAGACCUGUGUGCUGAAGCAAACACAAUUUGCCCACUGGUGGACUGAUGUGCAUGGGAAGAUGAGACCUGCAUACCCUGUGUUGUCAAAGCAUUUUACUCCCACAACGAGCAUUCCCCAGUCAUACCUAAAUCUGCUUUAGGUCGAAUGCUUAGGUUUCUUCUCGUUUUUGGUCUUUUUUUUUUAAUUAUUUUUUUUUCCAAUUUUGACUAAUUGUGAACUUUGAAAUUCUGCAGUAGCCUCCACUGGAAGUACCAACCAGGGCAUGUCUAACUGGAAAACCUCACUGGCCUUAAAUCUGUCUUGACUGUGUUAUCUACAAAUGACAGGGUUAGCCUGAUUUAUGUAAUGUGUUUGUAAUAUUUCUAUAUUUGCCUGUAAUACUGCACUUACCUAUUUGUAAAAGAUUAUAUAACCAUAUGUAUAUGUGGAAUAGGUGAUAUUUGAAUGUUAAUGGGAAGUCCAGCUUAUUUUUAAUAGCAGUGGAAAAUAUGCAGAUUGCAGUUUGUAUACAGAUAACUGUCUCUCUAAACUUUUAUUCUAAUAGGUGAUGCUUUGACCCUUGUGAUCAGUGUGCUUUACCAACUGACUUCACAAGUCUAGUUCAAUGUUAAUACAGCUAUGUUUUAAUUCUUGAUGUACAUUUAAAAUGCCUAGCUGGUACCUACUGUUAUGGGGAAAAUAAAUAUAUAACAAAAUGCAAA